GCUGCUGUGUUUGAUAGAAGGGUACUAACUUGACGGACUGUCUGUUUGCACUUUGCUUAGCGGUUUCUUUUACUGCAUAUAACUUACUGUCUAUCCUCUCGCGGGCCAGUAUUUUUCUACAUACAUAUGCGUCUCCAAAAUAUGCAAUCCAGGGCAAUUUAUGGGAACAGGAAACUGCCUUCAUGUUAACUGACUAGUAGCGACUAACCCACUACUGAACUGUGACGCGCUAAAUAAGAGGAAGCCUCUGCACAUUUGAACUAUGAAAAGUACGACGGGGAAAUAGCCUUUAGAGUGAAGAUAAACGGAAUGCAUUUGAGGUUUUGUCACAGUUGUUAGUUUUCAUCGGCGGCUAUCCAACACCGAAACAUUUGUUUGUGUGCUGACGACGUCGCUGAAUUGCUAGCUAGCUAUCCGGCUUACCAGCUAACGAGCCUUGUACGUUUCAAUCAAGGCUAAUUCGACAGCUAACGUUAGGUGUAUGGCACAUUAGUUUACCUUGGCUAACGCGUGGAAAACGGGACCCACUGGGUCUGUGGUUAGCUAUAGCCAACUUCUCUACAUCUUUCUCAGGGAGAGGACACACUGAUUCUAGCAGCUAGCUAAGUUAGAAGUUCGCUAACUGGCUAACGUUAAUUGACAGCCAUUGCGUGUUCCCAGCUGAGUCACCUUGCUAGCUACCAGCUAGAGGUAUCCAAAUACAAUAUAAUGAAUCCGUCGGCGCGGUGCACACUUUGGUUUUUGAGUCUCGGGUUUAUUUUGAUUUCAUCGCCGUUUGGAAGGACGCAUCCAGUUCUAGAUGGAGAAAGAGGGGCCCAUGUAAAGUUUGUGGAAGUGCUGCCCAAAUUGCAAUUUGAAUUCGGGUGGCGAAACCUUACCUGCCCGCUGUGCAAAGUCGUGUUUACCAUCGUCGAUGUGGCUCUUUUGAGCGAGUCAAAUGAGGAACGUGUAGCGUGGGCUGUGGGGGAGGCGUGCGUGAGGCUGCGGCUGGCCGAGGAGCACGUCUGCCGAGAGAUCACGGAGCUGUUCCGGGACGACGUCAUCCGCGCCCUCCAGGAGUCCUACCUGUGGCCCACGGAGGCCUGCGCCCUGCUCUUUGGGCCUGACUGUGGCCAUUUUGAUAUCUACGCCCCCUGGAACAUCACGUUGCCGAAGGCGCCCAAGCCCCCUGUUGUCCCACCCUCCCCUCCUCCGCCGGGCUCCCCCCAGAGCCGAGUGCUGUUCCUCACCGAUGUGCACUGGGACAAGGAGUACGCUGAAGGCAGCAGCGCCGACUGCAAGGAGCCCCUCUGCUGCCGGAACGGGUCCGGACACCCCGUGUGGUACCACAGGGGCGCGGGGCACUGGGGAACCUACAGCAAGUGCGACCUGCCCCUGCACACGGUGGAGAACCUGCUCCAGAACCUGGCCAAGGCUGGGCCUUGGGACUGGGCCUACUGGACAGGGGACAUCCCAGCCCACAACGUGUGGGCCCAGACGCGAGACCAGCAGCUCUUCGAGCUCGUCGAGAUCACCAGGCUCAUUCAGAAGCACCUGGGCCCAAAUGUAACAGUAUACCCAGCAGUUGGUAACCAUGAGAGCACCCCUGUCAACAGCUUCCCUCCGCCCUUUGUUCAUGGAAACCGCUCCUCCAGCUGGCUUUAUGACAAAAUGGCAGAGGUGUGGGCCCCCUGGCUGCCACCGCAGGCACUGCAGACUCUCAGAUUGGCCGGCUUCUACACAGUGCAAGUCCAGCCAGGGCUCAGGUUGGUCUCCCUCAACAUGAACUUCUGUGCCCGGGAGAACUUCUGGCUGAUGGUCAACUCCACAGACCCAGCUGACCAGCUUCAGUGGCUCAUUGGCAUCCUGCAGGAUGCAGAGAACAAAGGGGAUAAGGUACACAUCAUUGGGCACAUCCCUCCUGGGCUUUGCCUGAAGAGCUGGAGCUGGAACUACUACCACAUUAUCAACAGGUAUGAGAGCACAGUAACAGGGCAGUUUUUUGGACACACUCACGUGGAUGAGUUCCAGAUGUUUUAUGAUGAGGAGACCCUCACCCGCCCACUGGGUGUAGCCUUCAUUGCUCCAAGUGUUACUACCUUCAUAAACCUCAAUCCAGGUUACCGCGUGUACUACGUUGAUGGAAACUAUCCUGGCAGCUCCAGACUGGUUCUGGACCAUGAGACCUACAUUCUCAAUCUGACAGAGGCUAACAAUGGCAGUCUGGGCCAUGACCCCAGCCCAAACUGGACCCUGCUGUAUCAGGCCACCGAGGCCUAUGGCUUGCGCAGCCUUUUCCCUGAAGACUGGGACAGGCUGAUCAGGACCCUCGUAAGCGAUGACCGUGUGUUCCAGCGGUUCUGGUACCUGUACCACAAAGGCCACGUCUCUGAGCCAUGCAAGGACACCUGCAAGUCCACCCUCAUCUGCUUUCUCCGAAGCGGUCGCUACGACGACCCCCGGCAAUGUGAACACCUUGGUGUGAGCAGCAGGGACAUGAUGCGGUCUGUGAGAAAAAAGGCUCUGUGUUGAACUGGUCAUGUCUGGGCAAAGCUCAAGAAGUCUCCAAUGCCCUCUGAGUCCAAUGGGGAAAAAAAAACCAUGGAUUGUAAGGUUAUGGAACUCAAGUGUGCAAGACUCCAUUUAUCCAAAAAUGAUUUGAGUUUUAAAAUUAAAUAUCUUGAGAAGAUGAUACCUCACCCUAUUACCAGCCCCACAACGCACAAGAUUUUCUUUGUUUUGGUGGGGCCGUUCGAUUGCCUGCAUCGUAAGAUAUUGAGAAGCUAACACUGAAUUUACCUUCAGGUCUAAGGAUUGUCAUUAUUAUGAUGCUGAUGUGGCAAGGCUAUGUCUGUUCUUCCUUCUGCAAAAUGCAUGAGAGUUGUAGAGGUUUUACUUGCAAGAGGUGAGAUGACGUAUGAAUGUAGCUAAGCUGAAGGCAAAUUGCUUUUAAGUUUGAGUGUCAUGUUGUCACAAAGCAGUUUUCCUAUUCUGUGUAUGCCAGUCCAAUUAAUGGCCAUAUGAAUGAUUUGAUAGUGGGAUACAUGUGAAAGUAUUUGAAAUUGUGUCUGGGACCGGUAAUAUGGGCAAGGAGUAUUGAGUUUGGGUGUUAAGAUGGUUAUUGCCUUAUAUGACUGUGAUGCAUAGGUGCUGUAGUCUGCAAAUAUAACUAUCCUAACAGGUGAGCAAGUGGGUAGGGAUGCCUGCACCUCAUAAUUUGCCCCUUGGAUUAAAACCAUAUGUAAUAAGUUGGCUUGUGCACUCUAGCCAAUCUGUUAAAGGUGUUGGCCUCGUGAAAGAAGGAAUUGGUUGUUAAAUAUGGCUGUCUUGGCGACAUUUUUUGCGGUUAAACAUCGUCACAUCUAAUGACCAUUAACAUCUAGACUGACUAUUUGGGCUCUAAAACUCAUUAUUUUACAUUAUUCUGCAGUGGGGUAAAAAAAAAACAUUUCCUUAUGGCAUUCAGAUAAUACCAGUUAGGAGCAGACCUUUGUUAUGCUAGUACCAUCCCCCUUGACGUGAGAGGGAAAUUCAUCAUUUCAGGUUAUUAGAAUCUUUCAUUUGCACAGUUUUCCCUCUCAUCUUUUCUUUGAUAGGUUUGUGUUACAUGAGUAGUUACACCACAUCUCAACGCCAAAGGUAAAACUCAAAGUAACUCAAAUGUUUAGCAUUUCUGUACUCACUUGCUUCUGUCAGUCACAUGAGGGAGAAAUUGCUUCUUUGCCAUAGCUACCUAAUGCUUUCUUAAAUGUUGAUCACAAG